AUGCUGCAAAUAUCGACAAUUCUACUGGCUAUUGCACCAUUGUCUGCCCUCGCACAGUGGGACACCAACACCAACUUCACAUUCACACUCUACCCUUCUGAUGCGGGAGACAGCUGCGAAGGAGGCGGGCAGGGGGGCAUCACCCUGACCACCGAGACGAUACCCCGACACGAGACCUGCAUUGACGUCGAAGAGAUAUUCGGAGGUAAUCGGCGGAUGGGGUUCAUCAACGACACGGUUUCUGAACGGAUCACCUACGGCAACGGCGUUGAUGUUGACAGGCUGCCACCGCCGGGCAUUGAGUGGUCCAUCACGAGCGACUCAAUUGACUACGACCCAGCUAAGAAUUGGUCCGUCAUUUGGUUCGAGCAGCGCAACCAGUCCUCCGACGGAAAGUCUGAAGAAGGCAAGGACGGUCGCUGGGUUCUCGACACCUAUGGUGCGAACAACGAUUGCCAGAGAGACGACGUUGAAGAAUUUCCGUGGUACGAGACCAGUUGCCAGACUGGCGAGACUGGCCGGUGCGAGUCCGUUCCCCACUCCAUCAAGAGCAUCAAGCUGCGCCCAUACUUCAAGUACGACUUUGGCGACUGCCAGACCUGGGCUAAGUAUGGCGCUGCUGCGACGUUGGUGCCCCGGGUGUCUGCCGCUAUUGUCAUGACUAUGGCGUUCUUCUUGUUCCUGUAG